CUGGGAGCUAUAGGGGCAUGGAGGAGCUGCCGGAAUUGACCAUCGUCGUAAGGAACAGCUGCAUCCAUCCACGGGCAGGCGCCACCAUGAUGUGGAAGCUGCCCGUGUGGUGCGUUUCGCUUGUUUUCUGCAUGCAGGUCCGACAGGAAGGCCACGAGGAUGCACACUUCAGCCUCAAGUGAGCCCGCACACGCGAACGCAUCGCCGCCAAAGUGCAUUCAUGUUUUCUUUUUCGCAGGCCCACUGAUAGCAUGGAGAAGCUGAUGCAGGGGUACCGUGCGCACUGUGCACUCCCUGACCAUGACGAGGAUGAGCCCAUCUUGUUCGUGUGAGCAAGCACUUGGGGCUGAAAUCAUGUGCAUCCCUCUGACGCACUAUGCCCGUGUGUGUGGGUGCGUGUCAGGUUUCGGGUGAACGGCAUGCUCGUGUGUGGCUCGGACACACCUGCUUUGCUCAAGCUGCGGGACGGCGAUGUCAUCGUUGCUACCCUAGGUACACACGCGUCAUGGCUGACUGCACGUGGUGGUUGGAUGGGCCCUGUUCUGGUGUGUGUGUGUGUGCAGAGGGGCGUCGUAGGAUGCUUCUUAGGUCGCGUGCUAGGGAGCACAGAGCAGACAGGAUUAUCAGAGGGCGCAUCCUGGUAAGGAGGCGACACACAGGCCAGUGCAAUGAACGUCGGACAAUGGAACACAUCUUUCGUGCCCCCUUUUUCUCCCACGUCAGCGUGCUGCCCCUCCCCCCUCUCUGCCAGCGUUGCCUCCCGAGGUCCUCGGCGAGCUGUCUGAGACCCUUCUCACUAAUGAGGCCCUCCACCUCUCGACCCUCUCAUUCGGCAUGCGAGCCGCCCUGUCCGAGCCAUCCAUCUAUCGCCAUCUCACCGUCACCCCCGACACUCAUUCGACAUGGCGCAAGGCCGGCAAGGAGACCAUGGACGCACUGAAGCGUGACAAGCUGUGUCGGCUUCGGACGGCGAACAUCAUGACCGGUCACGACGUGUACGAGUCUCGGCUGCGUCGUCGUGAGAAGGCUGCCGGGAGCACUCAUGACGAGCGGCCGUGUGAGAUCGACUACGAGGAGAUGGGUAUCGAUCCCGAUAGCGACGACGACGCCAGCGACUAUCCCUUCGCGCAGUACAACCGGGCCCUCCGUCGCCGGGCCAAGUACGCGAGCAUCCUCGAGGCUUCGCGGGCGUCUCUAAGGGAGAUCAGCCUGCAAGACGAGGUGUACUUCCCCAUCAAAGACCGCCCGGCAGAUGUCGCAGUGGCCGAUGACGACCAAUUCUGCUCAUUCGACAAGACGGAGCGGGUGGUCAUCGCGGGGGUUCUGUGGGAUGGCUGCGCGUACGCCCGUAGAUGGCGUUUCCCCGCCCUCAAGUCCUUCAGCGUCUGCGACGACGAGUCAAGGAUCACCUCGCUGGCCAUUUCAGACCUGGACCACCGAUAUAUUGAGUCGUGGGUGUCCGGCUGCAGUCUAGCCUAUCUCGAUGUGCCCAACCUGGAAGCCCCGUCCAUGCUGCGUGUCCUCCGCUCACUGAGCAGCGUUCGGCAGUUGACCGCCUUCGGGGUGCUCGAGAUGGGUGAUCCGGUGGAGGUGACGGAGGUGGGGGAGUGGCUAGAGGAACAGGGCGUGGGAGGGGGCAAGGGCCGGGUCGAAGCCGUCUUGUGUCGCUUCAACAUCGAGCCUAGCCUCUACUUGGCCAACGCAAGCGCCCUGUCGGGUCUAAUCGGCCGUGUGGCCGGCGAAGGCAUCUCUCCCGACCCAGCCGAUGCCAUCGUGGCCAUUCUUCCCCCCAACCCGUCUCACGGUGACCCCAAUGACCCCCCUCCAUCACAACCCCGCAAUCGCUACCCCAUCGCCCAGCACCUCUUUGAGGUCCCCGCCGGUGACCCCAUUGCCCACGACACACCGCAUCUCUUCGACCGGUCGCACAGCCGAGGGGUCAAGAAGCGACCCUUCACCGUGGCUCUCGAUCGGCCCGAGUUCGUCGACGACAUGCUUCGGGUCGACUGGAGGCGGUCCGAUGCUCUCGGGCUGCGGAUCGCGCAGGAGCUGGCGAGGCAUUCGCGUCGCUUGGACAUUACUCCAGUAGGAGAGGGCGACGUGGCGAGGGAUGUGAUGCAGAAGGGCACAUUUGGCGGCUUUGUGUUUGAGAGCGUCACAAGCCUGACGAUCACGGGACAACACGAGGGCGGCACGGAGUACAUCUUGCCUGCGAUGCCUCCCCUGCCAUCUUCCCCCGCCCCCAGCUGUCCGUCCCCAUCCCCUUCGGCCCGCUUCCCGCGCAUCCACGAGCUGCACCUUUUUUGCCCGGUGGAGCACAUGCUUUCUGACCAGGGCGGCCUGCAGCCGAUUCUGCAUGAGGUGCGAGGGCGGAUCCGGUCUCUGCACGUGACGCAGCGUGACGUGCUCGCCCAUGCAGCCGAUGCGAACUGGCACGGGCUGCCCGUGGCGCUCGCGUCGGUGAUGCUGCGGUGCCUGAAGGCCGUCCAUUCGCCGGCGCUGGAGUCCUUGGAGCACAGUUUUGAGGCCAUGGAUGCCUUGGAGCACAGUCCUUUCUACCUUCCCUUCUAUCGCCGGUCGCCCAUCUACCAGCUGUAUAUGACCCCAUCGCUCGUCGCGGAGCUGCCCCCCAUCCCCUCCCUCAAGCUAGAGAUGCCAUACUCCGUCUUCGACAGCUCCGGGAAGAUCCAGCUCGAUCUCAUCCUGGCUGUCGUCAGCAAGACCCCCGGCCUCAGACGCGUCGAGUUCAUUGAAAAGCGUCUAGUGACAUGGACAUCGCCGGAGGGCUACUUGGCCAUUGGGCCGAGCAAGGACAGGUACCCGAGCUACCUGGCCACCACGGCGGUGGAUGAGGCACUGGCUGCUGCCGGAUCCCCCUUUGUGGUCUCACCAGGCGUGCAGCCGGAAUGGAGCCUGGUGUUGGAGAGAUGAUGUCAGGACGAAUAGACGGGGCUGUGCGCAUAGACAGGGUGUGGUUGGCUGGGGUCGUAUGUGGGUGUGGGUGUGGGUGCGAUGGCAGUGUGAGAGUGGCUCAGCCUGCUUGUUUGUUCACCUGUGAUAUGUAUAGAGGUUGCUUGUAGAUAUCUGCCGACAACGAGAUGAGAAAGAGUGAAGCAUUGCUGCUAUC